AUGGAUAGGGCUGGGGUGGAUAUUCUCAUAUUCAUAUUCCCAAGGAAAGACACAAGUGAACCAACCCUUAGCACGAUCGAUCAAGGCUCACAGGUUGAGUCUUACGUCAGCUCACCAUUGAUGGUCAAGGCCCUAGCAAUGCGGAUGGCCCUCUUCAAAACCAGAACCGUAGGAAUAUCGAAGAUCUGCAUCUACUCGGACUGUCAAUUGCACCUCAGAGCGGUGGCCUCCCAUAAUGCAAGCGGAGAGAUUUUUGGAAUCCUCUAA